AUGGCGGGCGAUGCGUGGUCUGACAGAUGGCGCCCGGUGGUGGCGAUGCUUGCAGUAAACGUCGCCCUGGGGACUAUGAACUCGCUAAUCAAGAAGGCCAUAGAUGAGGGUGUCAGCUGCCUAGCGAUCAUCACCCUCCGCCAGCUCGUCGCAACUAUCUUCAUGAUUCCUAUCGCGUGUUGCCGUGAGAGGUUCAACGCUACCUGACCCUCAUACAUCUCCUCUCUCCUCCUUCGGAAACCAGUUACCCACCGGUAACUGGUUUAACCAAUAUUAAUUUGAUCUUUAGUUUAACGCACUCUCCCUCCCUUCCCCUCUCUCUCUCUCCCUCCAUCUUCUUUUCUCUCCUCUUCUUUCUCUCACUCUCUUUCUCUCAUCAUCUCUCUCUAUUCUCCCUCUCUCUCUUUCGAUCUCUUUCCGUCUCUCCCUUUCGAUCUCUCUCCCUCCCUCUCUUUCUCUCUCCAUCUCUCUCUAUUUUCCCACUCUCUCUUGCUCCCUCUCUCCCUCGAUCUCUCUCUCUCCACCCGCUCGCUCUUGCUCUCCCUCUAUCGCUCUCUCCUCCUCUUCCUCUCUCCCUCUCUCCCUCUCUCUGUGAGCUCUCUCUCCUCCCGCUCUCUCUUGCUCUCCCUCUCUCAAUCUCUCUCCCACUUCCCGUUUUCUCUCGCUCUCUCCCUCUGUCUACGUGUUACCUGGUUGCCUGCAGACGAAAUUUAAUAAUGUAAUCGCGGAUGACGCAGGGGGGGAAGGCCGAGGCUCACCCCGGGGAUGUUCACCCGGCUCUUCUUCUGCGCCUUGUUGGGGUACCACUCUCAACGCUUUCCAGCAACAAUGGACAAGAAGAUACUGAGAGAAAGCCUCAAGUGGGUGGAAUACAGCUCACCACGUGGCAGUUGUGCUUGCUGAUUAGGUCUUCUUUCUCUUUUGCUAGAGCGACCCUGACGCAGUACCUCUUCUUCGUGGGGAUGCGGGAAACGUCAGCCACCUUCGCGUGCGCCUUCCUCAACAUGACGCCGGUUAUCACCUUCGUCGUCGCCCUCGUCUUCAGGUCUGCUCCCUCUGUGGCUCCUCGAGGACCCCAGUUCUCAGUACGAGCCGUCCCCAAAACCUUCCCAAAGCGUCAUUCGCAACCAGAAUAGACUAUCCUGCGUGUUCCAGAGCCACGGCAUCGUUGAUGAGUCGGCGCGAGUCUUCCUCUAUCUCGUGCCCCCCAAGAUGUCCUCAUUCCACAUGUCUUAACACCGGUCAACAGUUACUACUAAGAAUUAAGGAAAAAAUUCAGUGUCGGGAAAGAACAGUGAACUUGGGGAAUGCUGUUCAUCCUUCUUUAUCUCACCUGAUGCCGCCCCUUGCGAAAAUUCAGGAUGGAGAUGCUGGAUCUGAAGAGCAAGGCAGGCCAAGCCAAGGUCGUCGGCACCGUCGUCUGCGUUGGCGGCGCAAUGGUUCUCACCUUCUACAAGGGCGUUGCCCUGACGCACGGGGGGAUUCUCGGGCCUCUUGCAACAAGCCCGGCUCCGGCGCCACCGCACGCCGUUGAGGGCACCGGCAGAUGGACCGUCGGGUCGGUGGCACUCUUCUGUGCCUGCAUAACUUGGUGCUCCUGGUUCUUCCUCCAAUCCAACGUGAACAAGAAGUACCCAGCACUCUAUUCGUGCACUGCCAUCAUCUUCUUCCUGAGCUUCCUACAAUCGGCAGUGAUGACUCUGGUUAUUGAAGGGGGAACCUCCUUGCUUGCCGUGCGGGGAAAGCUGCCCAUAAUCACCAUAGUCUUCGCGGUAAUCUCUCUCUCUCUCUCUCUCUCUCUCUCUCUCUCUCUCUCUCUCUCUCUCUCUCUCUCCCUACACACGAAAGGUUAAGUUUUAGAAGAGUGGCUGCAGGGCAUGGUGGGUUCAGGAAUGGGGUUCCUCGUCAUGCUGUGGUGCAUCAGCAAGAGAGGCCCCGUCUUCCCUGCGGCAUUCACCCCCGUUAUACAGAUCGUCGUAGCUAUUAUCGACUUGUCCUUCAUGCAUGAGCGUCUUCACCUGGGAAGGUAGGGGGAACCGGGCAAAGCUUCGCACUUUUAACCCCUUCGGUGACUCAUACUUUAACCUAGUUCUGGUCGUAACUUCCCUUGUAUGCAGUGUUUUGGGCUCUGUAUUCGUGAUACUAGGUCUCUACUCUCUUCUCUGGGGCAAGAACAAGGAGAUCCCUAGUGUUUGUGAGAUCGAAGUCAAGCACCUUGAAGGAAGCGAGGAGAACAGAAAAGCCCAGGAACCGGUAGAAGCCCCCGUUUAG